AACUAAUAACUGUGAAUUGUGGAGGCACAUUUGGUUGUACUGUGGUCAGGUUUGGUUUUAUGACACUGAACUAGUUAUUCGCGUUCUUGGAUUAAUAUCUGAUUGACUUUCUGAUUACUAGAGGGCAGAAGAUGUUUUUUGAAUUCUCGCUGAUUCCUGGAAAUAUAAUUUCACAAAAGCCUUCCGGAUUCGGUUGGACAAUGUCCUCACGGGUUUACUUAAAUGGAUUUUAACAUUUUGCAUUCGUCAACUGCGCAUGAUGCCAGACCGUUCCUUUAGUCAGGCAAAUAAUUCAGGUGAAGAAAGUCACGUGAUCUCGAAUGCGGGUAGCUUUUGCGAACUAGAUGACCAUGUUUGUCCUUCUGAUAAUAAUCUCAGUCGUCUUUCACCGCCAUCUGCUACUUUCCUAAUUCAUGGAUCAGAGAUUCCUCACCAUGCUCCUGCUCCUCCUAUCAGGUCUUCAAGUACAUUGCGUAAAAAGAGCAAACCUGUUUUGCCUCCAUCAAAACCUUUGCCAACUCCACCUGGGAAAGAAGAGAAAAAGAAAAAGAAAGUGAAAAUGUUCCGAUUUCCUAAAUUUGGUCGAUCGGAAAAAACUGAGCCACAAAUUUCUGGUCCUACAGAAGUUACGCAUAACCUACAUGUGGCAUUUGAUAAGUCCACAGGCGAAAUCAAGGGUCUUCCUAUUUCAUGGCAGAUGCUUUUAACAGCAUCAAAUAUAUCACAAACAGAACAAGAAAAGAAUCCAGAAAUCCUUCUUGGCGUACUACAAUGUUUUGAUGAAUCAGCUAAACAGAAAGAUAAAUAUAUGACAAAUGUGUCUGUCAUUACAAAUUCGUCUGGCUCCGUUGAAUCGAUGAAUUCCUACUCCCGCUCCUGCUCAGUUUCCUCUCAAAGUAUGCCAAUCGCACCAGGUCAUUGCGACAUCAGCUAUUUACAUUCGGGCUCCUAUCAAUCUGCUUCAUUUAAUUCUACGACAUCAGCAUCUGCACCUAUUUCAGCGGAGGAAAAUAAUUUAAUUAUGUCAAUGGCUGAAACUAGUUUAACAGGAAUGACAAUAAUUUCCAGUGCUUUACCGGCAACUACACAUUCUUGUGCGGGUAGCAAUAGCAGCGGUCGCGGUAGCAGUUGUACCACUAACAGUGGCAGUGUUGGUGGUCGUGGUGUAAGUGGUGGUGUUCCAAAUGGUUUGAGCGCUGCAAGUUUAGUAGAACUAACUUCUAAUCACACUCACGUGUGUCCUUCAGGGUCUGGAAGGAGAACAAGCACAGGAGGUGCCGUAUUUUUGGGUGGUAUUAGUCCAAACCGCACGUUUGGUGGACGUGCAAGUGGUUCGACAAUUCCUGAAAUGUCUCCAGCACUUGGGAAUCAUAGAAGCAUUAACAAUACAGGAGAUAUCGCUCGUUCUGGGCCAGACUCCAUGAUAUCAGCGAACUCAGGAACCCUUACAAAUGGACAACUUCUCAAUCAUAGCCGUCAUGCUAGAGAUGCCAAUUUAGCUAGUGAUAAUCAUAAUGGCCAUUCAACUGUAUCUGUUCCUGCUCUUCCAAUUACAUAUGAUGUUAGUCUUGGUGAACUUAGCAGCAGUCGUAGCAGUGGUUGUUCACUAUCUUGUUCUGGUGCUAGCGGAAGUGUCAGUAUUUCUGGUUUAGCAAGUUCAGCUAGUAUGGUUGGACAUUUAUUUGGAGGUAUAAAUAGUAAUGAGAACAGUCCUACAAGUAUUUUUCCGCCUAGUAUGUUACCAUCUCAAUCACCGUUACCACAUAACAACUGUUGUUCAUUUGUCUCCUAUCCACCAUCAUCAUCACCACCGCCUGUUCCACCUCAUGCAACUACUGUCGUAUUAAGAAAUUUAGAUUUUUCUGAAAGUUGUACAAAUAAUUUUGAAAUUAGUAGUGUUAAAGAAGAAGGUACUCUACGACAUACAUCUUCAUUUCAUAAUACAAUCCCUGAAUCAUCAACAUGUUUACCAUUUCAUGGAGAUAGGUUAGUUCCAGAAUCCUGUAUAAUGGUCGGAGAAUCUUCUUCCGAUGAAGAAGAAGAAGAGGAUGAGGAUAUUGAAGAUGAAGAUCACGAACAAGAAGAAUAUGAAGAGGGUGAGGAGUUAGGUGAAGAUGAAGAAGAGAGCGAGAACGAACAAAGUGAAUUAAGCAAUAAUGAAAUAACUACAUCUCAGGCUACUGUUGAAUGGAUGACAAGCAGUGGAACUUGUAGUAAUCUACCUACUCCAAUGACUAUGUCCAAGGGAUCUGAAAAUGGUGUUACCAGUGAAGCUUUUGAUAAUCGGAAUGGUGUACUCGCUUCAAACAAAACAACAUCAACAAAUAGUGAGAAUAUACCAAAUUUUGUCAAUACUAGUAAAGAUAGUGGGACAUCGAAGAUCAUCCAGUCAUCAACUUCCGAUAGAAAUGUUCCACCAGCUGUUCCAGUCAAACCACAGGGUUUAACACAUGUGUUUCGCACACAACAGCAAACUAAAAUACACCAAUCUCCUCAUUUCUUCCCACAUCAACCGCCUACAAAUAAAAUAGAUUCAAGUAAUACUGCUACGAUUACGACAACUACCACUUCUGCUGCUGACGCUGCUGCUGAAGAUGUAGCCAAAUCGACUACACCUAGUGCACCUAGGCGUCGUACUGGGAAUCAUCGAUUAACAGACCAGCAGGUGCAUGAUAAAUUAAGAGCUAUUGUAAGCAAAGGUGAUCCAUAUCAAAAAUAUCGUAUGGUAGAUAAAAUUGGUCAAGGGGCAUCUGGUGUGGUAUAUAGUGGAUAUGAGAUUGCCACUGGCAGUUUAGUGGCUAUUAAACAAAUGAAUUUAGCUCAACAGCCUAAAAAAGAAUUAAUCAUUAAUGAAAUUUUGGUUAUGAAGGCUAAUCGUCAAGCAAAUAUUGUAAAUUAUCUAGACAGUUAUUUAGUGUCCACUUCAGUCUCUACCAAUAUGGAUCAUCAUCAGCAUUACAUGAACGGUUCAAAUCACAAGUAUCAGCAAUCAACUCACAAGGAUGAUAGCCUCAAUUCAUCAACAAUUAGUUCAGGCAAUUCAUCUAAAGGUGAAGAACUAUGGGUUGUCAUGGAGUAUUUAGAUGGUGGCUCACUGACCGAUGUUGUCACUGAGACGUGUAUGGAAGAAGGACAUAUUGCUUCAAUUUGUCGAGAGAUACUUCAUGCCCUUGAAUUUCUUCACGCAAAUCGCGUCAUUCAUCGUGAUAUCAAAUCAGACAAUAUUCUUCUUGGAAUGGAUGGAUCUGUAAAACUGACCGACUUUGGCUUUUGUGCACAAUUAAGCAAUGAUGGAACUAAACGUUCAACUAUGGUCGGCACGCCGUAUUGGAUGGCACCAGAAGUUGUUUUACGUAAACAAUACGGUCCAAAGGUGGAUAUAUGGUCAUUAGGUAUUAUGGCCAUUGAAAUGGUAGAUGGUGAACCACCCUAUCUAAAUGAAAAUCCUGUUCGAGCAUUGUAUCUUAUCGCUACUAAUGGUAAACCGGAAAUUAAAGAACGUGAUCGCUUAUCAAGCACAUUUCUUAAUUUCCUCGAUCGUUGCCUAGAAGUGGAUGUAGAACAAAGAGCUACGGCGAAUGAAUUAUUACAACAUCCAUUCAUAUGCAGAUGUUCUAAACCAUUGAGUUCAUUGAUUCCCCUGAUCAAUUUAGCCAGAGAACAGAAAUAAUUUAACCCCUGAAUCUCAAUACAGAAUCAAGAAAACCAAUUAAUUUUUGUAUAUUGUUUCCUAAAAAAAAUUUCUUUUCCUCAAAUCUGUUUAUUCUGUAAUCACAAUUCAUUUUUACUCUCUAUACAUGCAUAUAAUAAUAUUAAUGAUUCAUAUAACAUAAAACAUAUACUCUUAGAAAGUAGUAAUAAUAAUAUUCACAAACUAUGGUUAUCAAUAAUGAUAAAUAAAUCCAAUCUAUUCAUUUUGGUUCUAUUCACAUUUAAAUAUUCACCUAUUAUUGUAUUACAUUUUGAAGUCAUAGUAAUUUCUCCUGUGCUGUUUCCUUUUUUCUCUCUCUCUCUUUCUCUAACAUACAGAAAGUACAGCCAUUCACUAGAUUGUACAUUACAGUAUUUAAUCAUAGUACCGAUUAUGUUUUUUAUCAAGGUUAAUACCGCUUACUCGUGUUUGUUGUUAUUGUUUUGUAAGCUUUCCCAGUCACUUUUCUAUUCUAAUAUAAUUUUGUUUAUAAGUCAAAUUAUUAACAAGUGUAAUAUAAUAAAAAAAGUAAUAAUAAUACACUUAGGAAUCACAAUUAAUUACUUAAUAAUCUCAAAUGAAUUAAUGUGAACAUUCAUAAACAUCCAUUGGGUUUUCUUCUUGAAUUUUACACAUAUAUGUAUUCUAUGUGGUUUUAAAACACAACUAUUCGCUGUCUUUAUACUCACACAUUCAUCCACUCACUGUUUAUCUUCUCGUUAAUUGUCAAGUUUUAUUUUUAUUGCUCACAUUAUUAAACACGUAAUGAUUCUUUUUUCUCUUCUCUUUUCUUUCCGUCAAAUAUGUUUACAUACAUGAUUUUGUAGGGUAUUAAAUUUCGAGUAUGUUUUUAUUGCUUAUUCUCAAUUUCAUUGUCAUUUGUACACAAUAGAUCUGAUUUAUCUGGGUUGACUGGCGAAAAAAAGAAUAGAACACAUUGAAAAACAGACAUUAGGUUUUAACUAUUUAAGCGCCUUUUUUCUCUUCGAGUAACAAUAGUAUGUUACAUUUAAAAUCUUUCACUGAAAUGAAGAAUACACUUCUACAUGUAACAGUUAGUCAGUAAUGAUUAUCUUGUUGCAUUGAUCAUAUGUGUGUUAGUGUAUUUUUAUGUGUACACGUUAUGCUGUGUUCCAGCCUUCUUACAUGCAUACUUUAUUCUUUUAAUUUACCAUUCCCAGUAUCUCGCUAAUUUUCAAGGGAUAUUUCUCAUACAUACAGUAAAUAAUUAAAAAGACGAACAACUGAUUUACUGCUAAUGAUUUAUUUUCAAAAUUAUCUGCAUUUUGUGUACAUCUGUGUGCAUGUGUUCGUGUACUACCAUUGUCUACUGUAUACUCUUAGAAAUUUACGUUACUACAUAUACAUAUUAUUCUCAUCAAUUUUCCCCUUUUUUAUGCUGAUCUAUUCCAGGAUAGUUAUUAAGCCUAUUUGAAUAUGGUAAAUCUACUCCAUGUAUGUAUAUGGAGUGCUUCAUUAUUUAUUAGGCAAUCACUUAAUUAUAAAUAAUAUUCUCGUCUCCCGGUUUAGCUAUUUAUAUUAAAUUAACUACUCAAGUGGAUUGGAUAUGUGGGUGUAUAUCGUUAACACCUGUAUCAUCAGCAAAACUAGUCUUAAUGAAUUAAUGCAAAUAAAGGAGUUAUAUUCACUGUUCUCAAAUUUUGUUACUCUUAUCUUCUGUCAUAAUUAAUGAGACAAUAAACAGUUGAAAAAGAAUAUAUCUUCGUAGAAAUCGUUGGCGUCAUAGUUCUGAUCAAUUACUAUUAUCAUUCACAUCAUUAUUUGCAAAAUCAGUCAGUUAACAUUGUUGCAUUGAAAGUUUACCUUUAAUUGUGUUUCUACCCAUCUUUUUUCAUCCAUCUUCACUUGCUCAUUUUCAUUAUGAUCAUCUAUGUGUAUUGUUGACAUACAGAGAAUCUUUGUAUUGUUUUGUCAUAAUUCUUCAAAAUAAAGCUUAUGCUGCCUUUUCAUUUCGUUUUUCUUUUCAUGCUUGCUUUACUAUGUUGCUGUGUACACCGCAGUUUCUUCUCUAUAUAAAUAAUACAUUUGAUUAUUACAACCCUUUAUGCUGAAUUUUGUUUUAUGUAUUUUUCUUUUCGCUUAUUCUGCUUUCGUUAAUAUGAUGGUUAUUGUUGCUUGAAUACAUGUAUUUGUUGCCGAUAAGCGCACGAAAUCUUUUUCCUCCAUUUUUUUACUAUUCAUUCUCGGACUCAUCAUUCUACAUCUGUAUAUGUGUGUGUUGGCAUGCGUCACAUUCUAUUUCAUAUUGUUGAUGAUGGCGAUAAUAAUAGUAAUGGGUGUUUUUGUUUUUUAACUUAGAUUUCUUCGGCUUCUUUAUCUUUCGGAAAGGAGAGAAGUUGUCAGUAACUACUCGCUUUUCAUUAUGCAUCAUUGUACACUUCUUUCUACCACGUUGUACUUGUUUGCUUGUUUCAACUGAAGAUCAUUGUUUUAUGCUGCGAGUGGUGUUGCUACAUCGCUUACUUACUACCAAUUAAGUGUAAGUACUAUGACAAUGACAGCUUCUACUUUGUAAUGAUUUUUUUUAUUUUUUUCAUUUGUGUUUUUCUUCAACUUUUUAUUUGUUGUUUACUCUUCGAAAUGACACACAUUAUAUCUACAAAAUACCUUUUAAAAAAAAACUUACUGGUAUUGUUUUAUUUUUAGCCUUAAUUAUCCAUGAGUAUACCUGUUUUUUGUUCACAGGCAGAAAAUGAAUUUAUGCCACCUGUUUUUGGAUUAAACGAGAUUAAUUCAGUGUUAUAUUGAGGCCUUAAUAAUAAACUAACUUGAUGAUGAUUGUAUUCAUGGCCAUAAUAAUAUUGAAAGUAUUUACAU